AUGUCUGUUCUUACAAAUGACCAAAUCGAGGACCUCAUUACUCAGUCCCUCGAAGGUGCCGCUUUGCGCACAGUAGAUGGACAAGUUUUUAAAGGCUGCAACGUCGAGAACGCUUCAUAUGGAGGAGCCAUUUGCGCCGAACGAACCGCUUUUGUGAAGGCAGUUAGUGAGGGUCAUUUGCGAUUCGUGGCUAUUGCUGUUUCCUCUGACUAUAACCACUAUAUUACUCCAUGCGGCAUCUGCAGACAAUUCAUGAAUGAAUUCGGCAAGAACCUUGAAAUCUUCUUUGUCAACGAUGAUAGGACAUACAAGCGUGCUGUGCUCGCAGAUUUAUUGCCCUAUGCGUUCGGCCCUGAGGACCUCCCUAGUAAACCUACAGAAGGCGUAUAA